UCGGAGGUAGUGACACAGGAGGCGGCGGCCCGGCCUGGUGCAGGGAGGGGGCGGCUGGGGCCGGUUACCGGGGAGACCGGCAGGGCCUGGCGGGCCGGCGCCAUGGCACACUUCGACACGGAGUACCAGCGCCUGGAGGCCUCCUACAGCGACUCGCCGCCGGGCGAGGAGGAUCUGCUGGUGCACGUCCCCGAGGGCAGCAAAUCUCCUUGGCAUCACAUAGAGAACCUGGACCUCUUCUUCUCUCGCGUCUAUAAUCUGCAUCAGAAGAACGGCUUCACCUGCAUGCUGAUUGGCGAGAUCUUUGAGCUCAUGCAGUUCAUUUUUGUGGUGGCCUUCACCACCUUCCUCGUCAGCUGCGUUGACUACGACAUCCUGUUUGCCAACAAGAUGGUGAAUCACAGCCAGCUCUCCAGCGAGCUUGUCAAGGUGACGCUGCCAGAUGCCUUUCUGCCUCCCAGCAUGUGCAGCGCAAGAAUCCAGCAGAAUGGAUUUCUCAUUUGCAUCCUGGUGAUAGCGGGGGUUUUCUGGAUCCAUCGACUCAUCAAAUUUAUCUACAACAUUUGCUGCUACUGGGAGAUUCACUCCUUCUACAUCAACGCUCUCAAAAUCCCUAUGUCCAACCUGCCCUAUUACACCUGGCAGGAGGUGCAGGCUCGCAUUGUGCAGAUCCAGAAGGAGCAUCAGAUCUGCAUCCACAAGAAGGAGCUGACAGAGCUGGACAUCUACCACCGCAUCUUGCGUUUCAAGAACUACAUGGUGGCCAUGGUGAACAAGUCGCUGCUGCCCAUCCGCUUCCACCUGCCCGGGCUGGGCGACACCAUCUUCUACACCCGCGGCCUCAAGUACAACUUUGAGCUCAUCUUCUUCUGGGGGCCCGGCUCGCUCUUUGAGAACGAGUGGAGCCUCAAGGCGGAGUACAAGCGGGGCGGCAACCGUCUGGAGCUGGCUGACAAGCUGAGCGCCCGCAUCCUCUGGAUCGGCAUCGCCAACUUCAUCCUCUGCCCCCUCAUCCUCAUCUGGCAGAUCCUCUAUGCCUUCUUCAGCUACACCGAGAUCCUGAAGCGGGAGCCGGGCAGCCUGGGCGCCCGCUGCUGGUCGCUCUACGGCCGCUGUUACCUGCGCCACUUCAACGAGCUGGACCACGAGCUGCACUCGCGCCUCAGCAAGGGGUACAAGCCAGCCUCCAAGUACAUGAACUGCUUCAUCUCCCCCCUGCUCACCAUCGUGGCCAAGAAUGUGGCCUUCUUCGCCGGCUCCAUCCUGGCCGUGCUCAUCGCUCUCACCAUCUACGACGAGGACGUGCUGGCCGUGGAGCACGUCCUCACCACCGUCACCCUGCUGGGUGUGGGCGUCACCAUCUGCAGGUCCUUCAUCCCUGACCAGCACCUGGUGUUCUGCCCAGAGCAGCUGCUGCGGGUGAUCCUGGCACACAUCCACUACAUGCCUGACCACUGGCAGGCCAACGCCCACCGCUACGAGACCCGGGACGAGUUUUCUCAGCUCUUCCAGUACAAAGCGGUGUUCAUCCUGGAGGAGCUGCUGAGUCCCAUCGUUACCCCCUUGAUCCUCAUCUUCUGCCUGCGGCCCAAGUCCCUGGAGAUCAUUGACUUCUUCCGGAACUUCACCGUGGAGGUGGUGGGUGUGGGCGACACCUGCUCCUUCGCACAGAUGGACGUGCGCCAGCAUGGGCACCCGGCGUGGAUGUCAGCGGGAAAGACCGAGGCCUCCAUCUACCAGCAGGCCGAGGAUGGCAAGACUGAGCUGUCCCUCAUGCACUUCGCCAUCACCAACCCCAAGUGGCAGCCGCCCCGCGAGAGCACGGCCUUCAUCGGCUUCCUCAAGGAGCGCGUGCUGCGCGACAGCAGCAUGGCGCUGGCCCAGCAGGCCGUGCUGCCUGACAACGCCCUCUUCACCUCCAUCCAGUCCCUGCAGUCAGAGUCCGAGCCUCACAGCCUGAUUGCCAACGUGAUCGCGGGCUCCUCGGCCCUGGGGUACGCAAGCCACGAGCUGCAGGCCUCCCGCCAGCUCUCCGAGGUGGCUUCUGCCCUGCGCUCCUUCUCCCCACUGCAGUCAGCCCAGCAAAGUCACAGCAGCUUCCAGACGUCUGGGUCCCAUGUGGAGGGGGCACCGCCCCGGGCCCACAGCACCAUGACGGCUUCCGGCACAGAUGCCAGAAGAGCGAGCUCAGGGAGCAGUGCCUGGGAGGCCCAGCUACAGAGCCUGAUCCUGUCGGAAUACGCCUCCACGGAGAUGAGCCUCCAUGCGCUCCACAUGCAUGAGUUACACAAGCAGCACACCCAGAGCGAGCCCGAGCGGCACGUCUGGCACCGGCGGGAGAGCGACGAGAGCGGGGAGAGUGCCCCGGAGGAGCCGGACGCGCAGAAGGGCGCCCCCGCCGCCAUCCCCCGCUCUGCCAGCUACCCCUUCUCCUCGCCGCGCCAGGCUGUGGAGGAGUCAGCCACCCUUCAGACGGGCUUCCAGCGCCGGUACGGCGGCAUCACAGAUCCGGGCACAGUGCACAGAGCCCCUUCGCACUUCUCCCGCCUGCCUCUCGGGGGCUGGGCUGAGGACGGACAGUCGGUGCGACACCCGGAGCCGGUUCCAGAGGAGAGCUCAGAGGAUGAGCUUCCGCCUCAGAUACACAAGGUGUAGCUCUGGGGGCUGAGGAUCGCAUGGGACUCUGGACUCUGGAGCAGCCUGGGCAGCAGGACCUGGGGUCCCGACCCCCUCGCCUGUCCCCCAGAGGUGGGGCAGGCAGAGGUGCCUAGCGCUGGCGUUCAUGCCCAAGGGACAGAACCACCACGUCAGCGCCUUGCAGUGGAAGCUUCUGUACAGACGUGUGUCAAGCCAACGUCACUCUGACUCGCGUUGGGUGAAUGCGUGUGUGAGUACAUACGUGUGUCCGUGUCCGCAUAUGUGUUGUCCGUGUGGGAGGGAAUCGGCGAGAGCUGCACGGAGCACCGCAGAGCCUGCAAGAGGCCAGCGACCCACAGCUGGCAGGGGGAGCUCCGAGUUCCGGCUGCCGGCAGGAGAGGCUACGGUGGAGUCCCUGAGCAGAGCCAGCAACGCCUCUUCCACAGUCCAAAUAAAGACCCACUUCAAGCUGCAGCCGGCCCGGCCCAGCCCAGGUUCCCACGGGGGGAGGGACGCAUCUGAAUCUAUUUUUGUAAGAAGGGUGGAGAGUUGGUUUCCCCCGAGGCCGAGCGGGCUGGAGUCCGACCCCUGCUGGGAGAGGGACUGGCUCAGGCUUUACAAGGCCGCGCCCUCCUCCAAAGCCCAUGCAGCUGCGUGUGUUCUGGCCCCGAGCUGUCCUGUCUGUGGUGCAGGGGGCGCCAGGGUUCCUGGCUCAGUGCUCCCCCCAAGUGAUCCCACGCCCCAUUUGCUGCUAUUGUCCAUGAGUCAAGGUGGCUGAACUCCUCUAGCCUCAGAGCGCAGACAGCCUGGCCAGCAGCAAAGUGAACCCCCCGCGCUGCCCCUCCAGCAUGUCAAAGCCCUGCUGUCUCGGGGCUAGAGGGGAGCUCCAUCUCCAGGGCCUCUCUGCUGAACCUGCCGGCCAGCGGGCUGCUUCUCGUGCUGGCCCUGGCCCUCUGGGAACUACACCGAGCCCCCCUCUAGCAGCCUCCAGGGUGGGGAGAGGCACACUCCUCUGCCCCGGCCCCCUCAGUCAACACUAACCUAGCAAGUCAAAGGAAAGAAUCAGGUGACUAAAGUAGCUUUGCCCCCCCCUUUUCCCCCUCCCUGGUGCUAUGGGGAAGCCCAGCCCAAGGGGAAGUCUGGCCUGGGCUCCUAUCAUCUGACAGGACCCCUUGCUGGUUAGCUGGGGCCACACUGUGCCUCUGAAUGGUCCCUUGGCCAGGAUCACUUCCCCUCAGCAGGGUCCUGUUGCAGUGCCAGACAGUGGCUCCCAUCCUGCUGCCAGGGGAUCUCCUCUGGGCUGUCUCAGCUUUUCAGCUAGUCCCCCCUGGCCCUGAGAGACCCUGAGCCCACGGGGCACCUCCAGUCCCAUCUCCCCUUCCCCGACUCGGAGCCGGGAGCCUCUGCCCAGUUCACUCGGCCUUCAGGUUCAGGGGAGGUUCUGCUACACCUGGUCUGUCUGCCCAGUGUGGCCAUCGCUGUGAUUUCAGGGCUGCUGGUGCCCUCCCGGCUGGUGGCCCUGCAGACGCUAUCCCAAGCUGGAGCUGACUGCGGGAGCCGGCAGGCACCAGGCAUCCAGUCUCCAUGGCAGACCUGGGGCCAGGGGGCAGAGGCAAACCAGACCCCCCCACCAUAGGUGGCUGGUGGGGUUGGGGGGGCUGUGCUGCCGCCUCCCUGCAUGACCUCAGAGGUCCAGGGAACCCCCCUCCCCACUACCAGAGUUCAUUAUAAAUUAUUAGCACAGGGGCGGCCAAUCACGGCACGGGGAGGGGGAGGCUUCAGCCAAUCAGAGUACAGCUCUCCUAGGUUUUCUGAGUGACAGCGGCAGCUCCCGGCUGAUUGCUAACCCCUUCUCCCUGCACCCACAGCUGACAAUCGCCCGCAUGGCCCCCCCAGCCCAGGGGCGCCCUGCUCCCCCAGCGCUGACCCCUCCUAAGAGCCCAACCGCUGCGCUCCCUGCCCGAGCCAGUGCUCGGGCUCGGCCCCAUGGUGCUCUGCACUGUACCGCUGGGGGGCAGGACUCCUGGGUUCUCUCCCCAGCUCUGCCACUGGCCUGCUGUGUGAUGUUGGGGCGGAUCACUUGGCUGACUCUGUAAAGCAGGGCUGAGGAGGCUCCCCUGCGGCCCGGGCUGCUCUGGCAGCCUGCCUGUUGGGCAGAGCACUGACUUCUGGCCGUGGGGGGGCUCUGCUGCCUGUUCCUUCAAUACCCCCACCCAGUUCCUCUGACGGGGCUUGGGACCCCCUGCCUCUCUGUGGUGCAAGCCCUGAGCUUUACUAGCCCAGCGUACUGGUGCUUUACAGGUUUGAUGAGGGACAAGGUGCUUCAGUGGCCUUUGAAACAGGGCAAGUCUCCAGCACACCAUUGCCAGGCCAGCCCCUCUCUGCCCUGGGGCCUAGACCAGACAGACCUCAGGCUCCCGGCCGGGUAUGGACCCCUUCACAGCAGGGAACGCUCUCCCUCGGCCAGGCAUGGCCAGAGCGCAGCCCGCAGCGGUCUGCCAGUGUGGCCCUGGCAGGGGCUGUGCACUCUGGGAAAUGUAGUCUCCAUGGGUCGCACCCCCGCAUUAGUGGCUGCCCUCGGUCAUGCUCUGUACAUACUAGCUGGGCAGAGCUUGUCCCCCCCGCCGAUGCGCUCAGCCCAGAGUGCCUGUUCUUAGAGCAUCUCCAAGCCUGAGCUGCAGCCUCCCCCAGGAGAGCUCUGUGCCCCAGGGACGGCUGGGCCUUUCUGAAGGGGGGCUGGCAGCUGCGGCUCCUAGAGGCGGGGGCAGGGAGGCAAGGCCUGGAGCAGCCGGAGAACCUUGCCAUGUGCUGUGCUUGUAUCUGUCCGUCUCCUGUGUGCCCGUGUGCAUGGCAAGUUGCCCCCCCACCCCCCGUUCCACUUGUGACCCCAGCGGGGGGUGUGCGGGCACGGAGCUCUUUGGGAAUGUGCUGGCUAGACAAGCUCGCGCCCCUCGCUGUAGAGCCAUUUAAUAAAGAGGGGGCAUUUCGUUCA